AUGGCCGCGUAUGCUCAACAGCUGCAAGUCCCUUGCUCUUUUCAAUUUGUGAUUCUUGCCUUUGCUGCUGUAGCGGUCACUACUGCAAUUGGGACAUUGUCAUGUAGUCAUCAGGUGAAAAGGGAAUUCUUACCAGCGGUUAGCAGACGCCUGCAGGUAGCUUCAUACCAACAAACUCUCGCAAAAUCUCACGUGUUGUGUGUGAGAGAUUGCCAUGCUGAUUCUGGCUGCUUGUCGGUCAACUAUCUCCCAAUCCGUCACAUCUGUCACCUCAAUAACAGCUCUAGAGAGGAGCAUCCAGGAAGCUUCGGGGUCUCGUGCGACAGCGUGUACUUUGAUGCAGAUGCACUCACACCUUCCUUCUCUGUGUGGCGGCGUUACAGUAGUUGCAAGGAGUUCCUGCAAGCGGGCCACAAUGCGAGUGGUAUCUACACCAUAUUCCCGGCUGAUUUCGGCAGUGAUGGCUUACAGGUCUACUGUGACAUGGAGAUCGACGGCGGAGGAUGGAUCAUCAUCCAGAGGCGUCAAGAUGGCAGCGUUGACUUCUACCGCAACUGGACUGACUACCAGGUAGGCUUUGGCGACUGGUCUGGUGAAUUCUGGAUCGGAAACGACAUCUUACGCGAUUUGACCGGACAGGGAACAUGGCAGCUUCGGGUCGAUCUGGUGGACUGGGACAAUGAAAUGGUGUACGCCGAAUAUGGAGAUUUUCAAGUAUCUGGGGCCAACUAUCAGCUCACUGUCGGCUCUUACAGUGACAGCAGCACGGCAAGAGACUCACUGACAAGCAAGCACAAUGGCAAGUUGUUCUCAACCAAAGAUAAGGACAAUGACAAUCACCCAACCGGUAGCUGUGCCGAAGAGGGUCAAGGGGCGUGGUGGUAUGAUUGGUGCUACCAGUCAAAUCCUAAUGGUAAGUUUUAUAAAUGGCAAGUACAAUUUGUCAAGAGUAUCAGAUGGAUGACCUGGAAGAAACCAGUAUCGGUAAAAAAAAACGAGCAUGAAAAUUCGUCCAUAUCCGUAAAGGAAAAACAAAAUUGA